AUGCUGUGGCCACGAGAGCAGUUCCGCGUCGCGUACAAGCAGGUCGUCUCGGACGCUCUCGACUCGAACGCGGCCAGCGUCCUCCUCCUCGUCGCCCUCGAUGCAGACUCGAUCGCCGCUUCCGCCAUCCUCACCUCGGUGCUGCAGGCCGACAUGAUCGCCUACUCGCUCGUGCCCGUGGCCGGCAACGCGCAGCUCGCGGCCAUGGCCUUUGCCGCCGACAUCCGGUCGGUCUUCCUCAUCAACUGCGGCGCCAUGAUCGACGUCUACUCGACGAUGCAGCUCGGUGGCCGCAACAUCAAGGUCUACGUCAUCGACAGCCAUCGACCGCUCCACUUGGCCAACGUCUACGACCGUCAUGGCACGGUGUUUCUCUUUGACGACGAAGCGCAGGCCGAAGACGACUUUCCCGAAGAUGGUCCAGACAUCGAAGCCAUCGAACUAGACGACGAUGACGACGAAGAGGAAGACGAGGCAGCGUCCGACUCGGACAGCGACGGCGAGGCCGAAGUCGCCGACGGACUCGUGCAGGACGCCACGAAGAAGCGCAAGCGCAGUGGCUCGGAUGGCGAUGACGACUCGCUCGAUGGCGAAGCUGAAGUCCUCGUCAUUCCCGUCGGUGAACCCAGUGCCAGUGCUCCCGACGCCAUCUCGUCCUCCGAGCCCAUGACGGCCAAGGACGACGACGACGACGGCAGCCUCGGCGACGGCGCCGAGAAGGACGAUAUGGACGACAUCGCGUCCGGCCUUGAGACGGAAGAAGACGAGCCCGACGUUGAGAAGGUUCCUGCGCCUCGACCGGGCCGUGGCGCGUCCAAGCAGUACCGUCCAUCGUGUCUCCAAUCCCUCGAUCUCAUCGUCCUUUGUAGCCAACGCCGGAUCGAGAUUCUUCAGUACUACCGCGGGUCGUACUACGGCGCGCCGGCGUCGACGCUCUUGUACGAGCUCGCGUCGCAAGUGAACCAGUCGACACCCGAUAAAGUCUGGUUUGCCAUCGUCGGUCUCACCAAGCAGUUUGUGGCGCAGCAGAUCGAUGCGCACAACUACAACAUGCUGGUCCAAAAGUUCCAGGACGAAGUGCUCUCGCUCAACCAAGCAGUCGAUGACGUCACCGACGUCGACGGCACCGCCCUCCCGACCGUGCACGGCGGCACGAUUGCGUUUGAGGAAGAGUACCGCUUCCUCCUCUACCGGCACUGGUCGUUGUACAAGAGCAUGUUCUACUCCAACUAUGUCGCGGCCAAGCUCAAGACAUGGCAGCCGUCCGGAAAAGACGAGCUCGAAGUGUUCCUCGCCCGCAUGGGCCUCUCCCUCAAAGAGUGCCAGCAAAGCUACACGUUCAUGUCCAUGGAGCUCAAGCAAAAGCUGCGCGAGAAGCUCCAGGAGAUUGCGCCCGAGUUUGAACUCGACGAGAUUCUCUACGGCUCGUUCCGGCGUCAAUUUGAAUUCAAGUACCAGUGGUGCGCGGCCGACAUUGUGCAUGGCCUCUCGGCGCUCCUCGAGGCGCCGCCGUACCUCAUCCAAAAGACCGUCGAGCACAAGGUGCCUGACGUUCUUGCGAUGGACGAGUCGGUGCCGUUCUGGCAGCACAGCUUUCACAUUGCGUCCCAGGCUCUGCCCUGUAAGAGCAAGCGCAGCUGUACGCUGUUGGAGCAAGGUAUCAAGCUGGCCAUGACCAUGCAAAAGGCGAUCGUGUCCAUGGGCAUUUCGAUCCUCGACCGCAAGCUCAUCGUGCGCAUCAAGCACUUUCGCUACGUCUGCCUCCGGCUCAGCGAGGACGACGAAGCCAUGUUCUCGCACCCGUCGACGCUCUCCAAGCUCGCGCUCUUCCUCGUUGACGUGCAUCGCGAGCAAGGCAAGUGGACGGGCAAGCAGGCGUCGCCGUUCGUGCUGCUCUGCCACCUAAAGGCCCGCAACGUGUACUUGAUCGUCGGGGUCACGUGCCCCGAGCGCGCGGGCGAGAUCCAUCGCAACAAACUCGGCACGGCGUUCAAGAUGGCGGCCGCCGAGACGGGUGCCAAGUACACGCACGACGGCUUUGACACGACCGUCAUGGAGAUCCAGCUCGACGACAUCCAAGGCUUCAUCGAGCAGCUGCACAACGUCCUCGACGCCUAA